UCAUUUAAUAAAAUGCAGAGGAAACACUUGAAUUACUCCGUUUUAUUAAUUCACUGUCAAAAUAAAAAAUAAACAUUUUAAGAGCGCUAAACUUAAAUUAAUCUAAGAAAUUUAUUAAAUUUACCCCGAUUGAUAUGGAUAAAAAAGAAGAAAACUCUAACAACGCUGUUAACAAUGAUUUGGAGGGGAGCAACAGACGAAGUAAAUCUUUGAACGCUGAAUCAAAUAAUAGUGAUUUAGCUAAAGGCAAUACAUCGAAAAAUGAAAACAAUGAUUUAAUUAUAAAGGAUAAAAAUUUAAAAAAAACUAACUCUGAGGAAAUUUUUGAGGAUAGUGAAUUUUUGGAAGACGAACCAUUUUUGGAAGAGAGAUUGUUUGAAGAAAUAACUGAAGAAACUUCAUUCUAUGAUGCUGAACCAUGCACUAUAGACAAAUCAAAAAAAUUACCAUUUAAAUUAAAACAAAAUCAAAAUGGAAAUAUAUUUACCUUACAUCACACAGUCACUAAAUAUGAUAAAAUCAUAAGAAUUAGAUUGAGUGCAUGUUGUUUUGGAAACGGAUGCACUCAAUUUGUUAUUAUUGAUAAAAGGGGGAACAUUUUUGUAUUUGAUUUUCCAUCAAAACGUUACUGGCAAUUACAAGAACAAAUUAUAGGCGUAAGCGUAAUAAAGCCGUCGUUUACAAAGACAACGCAUUAUUUAAUAGGCACCAAAAAUGGUCGGCUUCUACUUCUGGACACAGAUAGCUCGAAAAUAAUAAAGACAGCAGAAGUUUAUAAAUGUCCCAUUACUGAAAUAUCUUUUCCGGGACAGCCAUUGUUGCCAUCUAAUUUAGCACUAAUUAUUGUUGGACACCUUGCAAUUUUAUUUAAUGUGCAAACCUUUACUGCUACACAUCGCCUGGACUUGGAUGAGAUGCCAAUCAAUUUAAAGUUCGCAACUUUUUUGCCAUUUUCAGAAAAAAUUUUUACUUGUUUUACCAAUGAUGCAAUAUAUUUUUGGUCGGGAGUUACUCUGAGAAAUAUUCGCAUUCACUACCCAAUAAAGCAACGCGAUAAAAAAUUACAACUAAUGAAGAGUGACUCCAUACCAGAAUUCUGUUUAGACUCCGAAAAUUGUAGAGAAUUUCUAUUUAACUGCCAAAACUUAGAUUAUUCUAAUGGUCAGAUAGUUUCCUACUGCUAUGCUUUCGACGGAAGCCUUUUAUGCUUAUCAACAAUAGAUAAUUACAUAUUACUAAUUAGCAUUUACACAGUUGAGAUUAAAAAAAUACUUCGAACUAAAGAUUUUGUGGUUUCGGAAUGCGCUUUUCUUCCGAAACCUAAGGAGAUUUUGUUAUUUUGCCUUACAACAAAACAUCAGGUUAUAUUACUUGAUUGUCAAAAUACUAAGUUAAUAUUGAUUGUUCAAUCACGAAAUGCAUUCCAUAUGGAAAUUUCCGAAGAUGGACAAUUGAUAGCAAUAUUAUCAAAUAACGGAGAGGCCAAUAUUUGGUCAACCUCUCAACUUUAUAACAUAUUAAAGUCACAAGAAAAAUGUAUCGAACUGUUACAAGGCUCUUUUAAAGUGAAAAAACCGAUUUGCUUACCCAUUUCCAGCAAUGAAUGCUUUUAUAAUGAUGUAAAGAAUAUGCUUAAACGUAAUCGAUUGUUACAUAUUUUGCGUGAAUAUGGCCAAUAUCCCUCAAAAUAUCGCACUAUUAUUUGGUCUGCAUUGCUUAAAUUGCCAUAUAAUCAAUCAGAGUUUCAAAAAUUACUUAAAAGUGAGGUACCAGUGGAAAUUAGAAGCAAAUCAAAAAAUAUAAAAUUAAAGAAUGAGUCUUUAAAACGGUCGCUGAUUAAAGUGUGGUCAUGCUUGGGAUUGUGGUGCAAACCAAUUUUAUAUGCAGACUUUGUACCAUUUUUAAUAUUUCCAUUUAUAAAAUUAUUUUCGAAAAAUGCUCUUAUUGCAUUCGAAAUUUGUGUCACACUUUUUUUAAAUCAUUUCCAACUGUGGUUUGAAUUUCAUCCCAUGGAACCUGCAAAUUAUUUAGGGAUAUGCGAAAAUCUGCUUCAGUUUUUUGACCCAGAUUUGUGCAAAUUUUAUGCUAAAAUGGAUAUUAACUCAACACAUUACGCUUGGUCAAUUUUUUCUAAUGGAUUCUCAGAACUUCUCGAUCAAGAACAGUGGCUUCAUUUAUGGGAUAAUAUAAUAUCGUGUCAAACGUAUUUUAUUAUAUUUUGUUGCGUUGCUUAUAAUAUUUUGCAGCGAGAAGUUAUCUUAAGAUUACCAUGUAGGGAUAACGUGAUUAUGUUUUUUCACGAACAAAAUCCAAUUGAUGUCAGUCAAUUAUUGUCAAAAGCAUGGAAAUUAAACACAAAAUGCCCACCUAAACUACAUCCAAAAAGAUAUAUCGAACUUUUUAAGCAACUUCCUAAAAAUGUGUAUCCUAAAUUUUUGAACUAUCCAAACGAAUGCAUUAGGCAACAUGAAGAAAAAAUGAAGGUUUUUCAAAAUGAACAAAAAUUAAUUGAUGCUCGAUUACACCAACUGGAGUGCGAAGAGUUGGAAAUAAUGAAACAUCUUCAGAGGGAUCUUAAAGAUGAAACACAUGCGAAAAGAAUGAAAGAGAUGGAGAAACUGUAUCUCGAUGUAUUAAAACGUGAGGAAGAACGUAUAGCUUAUCAGAACAAAAUUGUUCUUCUUUACCAGAAAGAAUUACGUAAUCGUAGAGGAAAAGUAAUAGCAACUAUGAAAAAAUCUGAACAACGAAAGAAAGCAAUCGAAACGGAAAAGGAGUUGGAUCAAUUAUGGCACAACAUUGAAACAGAGAAACUAAGAGACCGUACGCAGUUAAUGUUAGCUGAAGAACAGAUGCGAGAUGAAGAUAUAACACUACUUGCUCAAAUGCAAAAUAUGAAACCAAAAUGUCAGUCAUUAUCACAAAAGUAUGCUGAUGAUAUUAAAAGAAUAUCUGAAGAAAGGGAUCGUCUAAAGCAUAAUAUUAAAAAGACAUCUUUAAAUUUGAAUGUGUCUUCCGAACGUAACUCGUGCAACUUACAAGAAAUUGAGAGACGGUUUAACUUGAUUCAAAACCAAUUUUUGAAACUUAAAAAUAAUAGCUGAGUGAUAAUUAUUUAAAAUUAAUUAAUUUUGUACUAUCAUUUGUAUA